AUGGACUCAGACACGGGUGAGUCAAUCAGAAAGUGCACCAAAGAAAAGGAGGCGAAGGCAAAGGCGGGGAUCAGUGAAGCAGCGUCAUUUGGACUCAAGAUAAAGAAUAGGGCUAGGAGAAGCUCAGGUGGUCAAAAUCCCCGCGUGAUACCGCUCCGGGUUGUUGCGGAAAAAGUGAUGGGAAUUGACCUUGGAACUACGAAUUCUAUAGUUGCGGCAAUGGAAGUAGGGAAACCGACCAUUGUGACUAAUGCUGAGGGGCAAAGGACCACGCCGUCUGUAGUUGCUUAUACCAAGAGUGGCGACAUGUUGGUGGGGUAA